AUUCUCAUCGGAGAUAGAAUUGCUCGAGAAAAAUUAAAUUGUGUAAAACGUUCGGUGAGAGUAAACCAAACUUGCGAAAAAAGUAGAACACACACAAAAAACGGGAAGAAAAAACAAUUAGCAAUAAACGCCUAACAAUAAAUUCUGAAAUAAUCGUCAAAAAAUCUGCACAAUAACUAAAUUAUAAGAGAUAGAGUGAAAAUAUUCCAAUUCGAAUGUCAAUUUAGUCCAAAAAUAUAAAACGCGAAAAACGAAAGAAAGGCAAAAAUUAAGCUGAAGGUGAUUGAUUUUUCCUCACUACCCGUUAUCGUUGUCGUCGUCGUCGUUGCCAUUGCCGUGCGUGUGUAUAUAUCGUUCGUUGGUUACACUUGGUGCUGCUGGUGGUAUUUGGAGAAAGCAAUCAAGCAGAAGCAGCAGAGGAGAAGAAGAAAAUACAGGCAGCAGUCAGCCAGUCCGCUGUCGUCGUGGUAGUAAUAAAACAAAAAGUCCAUUAAGUCGUGUUUAAAACGACCCCUUCCCCAUUGAUAAGAUUUUCGAGAAGACAACAACACCAGCCUAAAAAUGGCCUUUGCAGGAUUCAAGAAACAAAUUAACAAAGCCAAUCAGUAUGUGACGGAAAAAAUGGGUGGUGCCGAGGGCACCAAACUCGAUUUGGAUUUCAUGGAAAUGGAACGCAAAACAGACGUAACCGUCGAACUGGUCGAGGAACUGCAGGUGAAAACCAAAGAAUUCCUACAACCAAAUCCCACGGCCAGAGCCAAGAUGGCAGCCGUCAAGGGCAUCUCGAAAUUGUCUGGACAGGCAAAAUCGAAUACGUAUCCUCAGCCCGAAGGCCUUUUGGCUGAUUGUAUGUUGACUUAUGGCAAAAAGUUAGGCGAAGACAAUAGCGUUUUUGCGCAGGCGCUAGUUGAGUUUGGCGAAGCGCUGAGGCAAAUGGCCGAUGUGAAAUAUUCUCUGGAUGACAAUAUCAAACAAAACUUCCUGGAACCACUGCAUCACAUGCAAAUGAAGGAUUUGAAAGAGGUUAUGCAUCAUCGAAAGAAGCUGCAGGGACGGCGACUUGACUUCGAUUGCAAACGUCGCCGACAGGCCAAAGACGAUGAAAUACGUAGUUCCGAGGAAAAGUUUGCCGAAUCGUUGCACCUUGCCCAAAUGGGUAUGUUCAACUUGCUCGAGAAUGACACCGAGCAAGUAUCGCAACUGGUAACUUUCGCCGAGGCUUUGUACGAAUUUCACUCUCAGUGCGCUGAUAUUUUGCGCGGUCUGCAGGAAACGUUGCAAGAGAAACGGGAAGAAGCCGAAUCGCGUCCUAAACCGGAAUUUGUGCCCAAAACUCUACUCGAUUUGAACUUGGACGGAACGGGCAAUGACACGGAGAGCUCGGGCACACCAGCCCACCAUAGGGCGGCUGGUGCAUCUCCGCUGCCAUCGCCUAUGCGUUCACCGGCAAAAUCGAUGGCCACAACACCGUCGCGACAACAGAUGCAGCCCUAUUGCCAGGCGUUGUACGAUUUCGAUCCUCAAAAUCCCGGCGAGUUGGGCUUUAAAGAACAUGAAAUUAUUACGCUUCUGAGUCGCGUCGACGAAAAUUGGUUUGAGGGCUCAAUCAACGGUCGCACUGGCUACUUUCCACAAUCGUAUGUGCAGGUGGUUGUGCCACUGCCAAAUGGUAAUUAAAUAGCAAACACAAACAAACACACAAGGAUUAUGAAUGAUGAUGAUGCUACAACUAACUAAUGAUGAUGAUGAUAAUAAUGAUGUGAAAAAAUGACCCAACCAACAACUGACAUCCAAGCCAAACAACACCAGGAAGGAGGCUGUUUCUCUCGAUAAUGAUUAUUGCGAUAUUGAUGAUGAUAAUGAUGCUAACAAUGUUGAUUAUGCAUAUUAUAUAGCUUCAAUGAUUAUGACAUGCUGCAGAAGAAAAUAUAUAGAUACAUAUAUACAUAUAUUGGAAAAAUUCCAUCAUUAGGCCCACUAUUGCCAUACACACCACAUAGAAAUUAGAAACAAUAUUGCUUAUUUAAAAUAUAUUUUUGUUUAUUAUUAUUAAUUUUUGUUACCAAUCAUAAAAGUAAAACUUUUUUAAUUUGUAAGACAUACCUAAGAUAUAUACAAAUAUACAUAGCUUAUUAACCAUACUAUCACACGUCCACCCUUACCUGGUAACUGCUUGUUUACAAGGCAAAAUAUUGAAUGUAUGAAUAUUUUUUAUAAUAGAAACAAUAAAUAAUAAUAAUAAAAAAAAAUACAAAUUAAAUCAAAAUUCUAUGAUCCUCCACAAUUCUUCUGUAUUCCAAAUUCUCUAUUUCUCUCUACCUUUAUUAUAUUACUAUAAAUGUGUGUUGUUUAUUUUGUUAUUUAUUAUUAUGUAUUAUUAUUAUAAUUAUAUUAAAUUAUACAAUAUAUGAAAUUUUUAAGGCUAAACAAUUUAAAUUAAAAGAGAAAAACAAAUUAAUUAUUAAUAAUAAUCUAAAAUUAUAUACAUGUAUAUUUAUUAAUAAAUAAAACAGAAAAACAAAAACAAACAAUAAAAAA